AUCACUAUAAAUAUUUGAAUUUGUAGGGAGAUUUACAAAAGAAAGCGGCGCGCUCCGGUUUGAGAGAGGUGGUAGCCAGAGACCGUAGUCAAUAUGGUGAUCACCGACUCCGACUAUGAAGGCGCCGCUAUUCAAUCCCUCGGUUCUCUCUUCAACGUUACCCAAGUCUUUCUCUGGGACGAUGGCUUCCAAGUUCAACCAUCGUUUGAAGCUGAUCAGAAUAACAAUCACGAUUCAAAUCCCAUUCCUGAUUGGAGUCAGAGUGAGAUUAUUAUUCUUCCCGAGGAUUUGGAAUUGAGUAAACAAAUGAAUGAAUUGGGUCUCCCUCUUUCCUUUCAGGCAAAGAAUGAGAAAUGUGGACCAGUAAAAGGCAAAAAGAAGGGUGCACGUUCCAAGCAGCCACGUACUUGUAGCAACCCGGUUGAUGAAACUCUAAAAGAAGUGAGUGCAGAGGAGGUUAUAUCUCUUGCUAAAUUUCAUGAUAAAACUAACAGUUCAGUAUCCUGUAUAUCAAUGCUGGGCCAAAGUGAAUCAUCCUACUGUGAUGGUGCAGCGGAAGUUGACAUGGCCCAAUCUGUCUCCGGUGAAGGAGAUAAUUCAACAUGCAGCACCGGGUUCACUAAUGGUGUUUCCGAGGAGAAAAUUAAUAGUAUAAAUAAUGCAGAAACCAAUGAUGCCCAGAAUAGUGACUUCGAUUUGAAAAUUGCAUAUGCCUCAAAUACUGGAAUCUCUGCUGGAAGCCAUUUAACAGGUGCCGGUGUCAGUUUUUGUGGGAUAGAACUGGGUGAAGUUGACAAUGAAUGUUUAGAACUUUCACCAAUUGUUUGCAAAAAUACAGACUGCGAGACUAUUUGCAAUGACGAUGGUGCUGCCACUUGGCAGCCACCAGCUAAUGAAUCAGAAUCGCUUCCCAUGAGUUUGGAAGGGGUUGCAUGUGACAGAGUUGAUGGAUCAAAUGAUUGUGGUGUAUUUGGAGAUUGGAUGGUGUUAUGGGAUACUUUCUAUGGGAGAAGAUACUUCUACAACGUCAAAACAGACACUUCUACAUGGGACCCACCCCCAGGGAUGGAGCAUCUUGCAUUUGGUGGGUGUACUGAAUUAGAUGAUAGUGAAACUCUAAAGUCAUCAGAGGAGUGUGAAACACAAAGCAGCAUCAAACAACCUGAAGAAACCUUGGUAGACGAGAACUUAUCAGGAAAUCAACAUGAAGAGUAUUCAGCUGAGAUUGGAGUCGCUGCUGGAAAUUUGGUCUCUGAUAUUGCUACAAAUAGCGAAGACCAAUUUCUUCAUCAUCCCUCAGAUGAGAAUCUUGAGAGAACUAGUUGCAACGGUGGAGUUUCACGCUGUUCUGUAUCAAAUACCCUGGAUCAUGUCGUUAGCUCUAACAAUAAAUGCAGUCAAGCAACAUCAGAGGUUGAUCAUACACCAACGGAAUACAUGGUAAUUGAUACGCUUGAAUUGGAUAGUAAAUCUGAUCCUUUCAUGUCAAAACAGGAAAAGAAAGUGAAAAGAAAACACAGGCGGAAGAAAUUAUAUUAUGAAACUGAAGAUCUCGAAUUUCAAAAAAUGCCUGAAGCUUAUUCUGCAACAAUUGAAAAAUAUUGGUGUCAGAGGUAUAUUUUAUUCUCUAGAUUUGACGAUGGUGUAAAAAUGGACGAGGAAGGAUGGUUUUCUGUCACUCCAGAGAUUAUUGCACAUCAUCAAGCAUCACGUUGUGCAGGCGGCACAUUAAUUGACUGUUUCACCGGCGCUGGUGGGAAUGCCAUCCAAUUUGCACAACGGUGCAGACAUGUGGUUGCAAUUGAUAUUGAUCCAUUGAAGAUUGACUAUGCUAGGCAUAAUGCUGCUAUUUAUCGAGUGGAUGAUCAAAUUGACUUCAUUGCUGGUGACUUCUUCGUCUUGGCACCAAAGUUAAAGGCUGACACUGUCUUCCUAUCUCCACCUUGGGGUGGACCGGAUUAUUCCAAGGUUGUGACUUAUGAUAUGAAGACAAUGCUUAGACCGCAUGAUGGACAUACUCUGUUCAAUGUUGCCAAGGAGAUUGCUUCCAGAGUUGCCAUGUUCCUUCCAAGAAAUGUCAACUUCAACCAAUUGGCAGAGUUAUCGCUAUCUGCCUCUCCACCAUGGUCGCUAGAAGUGGAGAAAGUUCAUUUAAAUGGAAAAUUGAAAGCAGUCACAGCUUAUUUCAGUCGUACAUGAGAUGGAGGGUGCUGAGUUAAACAGAUUCACUUUUGCUACAAGUGAAUCAAGCAAGGAUGGUCAUUUCCUUCCAGAACAAAGACUAGCUGAAGAUAUUUUUAAGUUAUGCUUCUGGUAUUUUAUACAUGUUUUCCUGCGCAACUCUAACUCACGUCAUGUUUGGAUAGAUGAGUUUGGAGGGGAGAGUCCAUUUUUAUUUUGUAAAUUAAGGAAGCUAUAAAAUUUCUUUAAAAGUAAAUUAAGCGUGAUUUAAAUAUUAUAUGACCAUCUGUCAUAUAUUAUUUUUUUGAAUCUCAAAUAUAUAUACCAAAAUGUAGACAUAGUUAACUCUUCAAAAUACUCCCUUUCAAAACUCUCCAUCCAAGCAUACUUUUAAUUUCAUGAAUGUGGCAGUAGCAAUUAUUCAUCCUAUUCAAAAUGUAAUGCAGUCAGUGUAAAACUUUUAGGUGUGCAGACAGAGAGAAUGGUCUGUUGAUUGUAUGUACAGUAUUUAUCAGGCAAGGGAACAGAAUAGUAAUGGCUGGCUCAUAGAGAUUAACUAAAUAGAUUGCCGGCUACAAAACUUAUUUUGGUAAUAUUGUGGGUAGAAUAAAAUAAAAUAAUUGUUUUAUUGCUAGAGGCUAAAAAACAAAGAUAUUUAGAUGAAAUUGAAUGAAAUACAUUUUUAGGCUUCA